UAUCUUAAAAUGGAGAUACAAGAACUUUUUAGAGCGACAGAAGGGCCUAAUAAGGGAAAGUUUACAAAUCCUGCUGAUCUUCCUGGGAGUUCUUAUGUAAUUGAUGAUCUUUUACAGGUAUUCCCAACUAUGUGUGAUAAAGAUCUAAAGAAGAAAGGGAUAUUAGAUGAAAUGGGAUCUAUCAGUGAGAGACUAAAAAUCUCAUGGAAAGCCAAACUCCCCACCGAAAUCAGAGAGAACCUAUGAGAACCAAUCGAAACUAAACAUUACAGACCCCUAAACUUCCAUACCUUAAACGAGGACAAAAAGGAAGAAGAACUGCCCUCAACCUCUCCCUCACAUCCUCUCCUCACUCCAAUCUCUUCCACCCCUUCCGCCUCUCCUCCUUCAAACGUCCCUCCUACUUCCUCCCUGGCUCCUCCUCCACCUCCAUCAACCGGCCCUCCAGCACCUCCGCCACCCCCAUCAAUCGCACCAGCCACAACUUCCACAAGCGCUCCUCCUCCACCCCCACCUCCAGGCCCACCACCUCCACCUCCAAGUCAAGCCUAAUCCCAAAAAUCUGCACUAAGCCACUCAGCCAAGUGCCAAAGCUGCCAUUCCAGCCAAAGCUCGAGU